CGCUGGGGAGUGUCAACGGACCGCACGCAGCCAGGCAACAACCCCAACCAACACCACAACCACAACGACGACCACGUCCUGACUCGCGACCUCAACUCGGCUGCAUCUGCACCGUAGUCCUCCGGAAGCCUGGCACCUUCGCGGCUGCUCGAUUUGCGCCAUGGGUUCUCGCAAGCGCGUCAAGCCGAACCCUGCCGCCGAAUCGAGCACCCCAACGCCGACUCCAUCCUCCAUGCCGCCGCAGCCGUUGUCUAAACCUUCCGGGUCGCGCGCUUCCGCCCCGGAUGGCACCCCUUCCGUCACAGCCACGCCGCCGGCCGAUCAGGGCACUCCUCGGAUCCCCAAGCCAGGAGGAAGCGGGCAUGCCACACCGACUCCCCUGCAGGGCUCGCAACAGGUCCACAAGACCCGAAGCUGGUACGGAUCAUGGCCGCGAGUGCCCAAAUCGGCAGCCUCGACGCAGGUCGCCCGAGAAACGAUUCUCGGGGGCACCUCAAAGCCGAAAGGAACUGCGGAUUUCAGCCGAUUCGAGCCGAAGAAAGCUGCUGACGCUGUGAGCAUCCGCGAAGCCGCGGUCCCAGCUCCCGCUGUGCCGGAGUUCCAGGAGAGCAAUGGCGAGACAGUCCAGCCGCAGCCGGGUUCGACUCGGCCAGGAGGCGAGUCCAUUGCCGUGGCCGAGGACAAAAAACAGCCCCUGGAUACAGAUAGAGAGAUGGCAAACAGCGGUCAGGAACAUCGCAUACCGCCGCCAGCCGAUCAACCCGCCGAAUCGCCGGCAAGACAACAGUCGCCCGCGGAAUCAACGCCCCAGAGGCCUUCCUCGUCGUGGUUCGGAUGGUUUGGCAAACCGGGAAGUGCUGAACCGGCCUCAUCAACACCUGCUGCCGCUGCAGAGCCUGCUGCUCAAGACACAACCGCCGCAGCGUCCAUUGAGACGAAGCCCACAGACCUUGCGCCUGCUGAGCCAGCCAAGGAAGUGCGACCAACGCAGGGGAGUCCAGAGAGUGGAGAGACUCCCAAUCAGGCAUCGGACCAGCACAAGCCGGCGGCCGCGUUUGGGGGUUUUUGGCUUUGGUCGUGGUCUAGCAAGAAUGCCCAUGUCACUUCAGAGUCCGAACCCGCGACUCCGACUCCUCAGCAGGAAGCACCUCCUCCACCAGCCAAAGAACCAGAGGACGUGGUCAUGCGGGAUACUCCUGCCCCAGCGCCGGCGCCGCCACCCAAAGCAGGCUCUACGUGGGCAUUCUGGUCUCGAGACACAGGCUCAGCUUCUGGCAAAACGCCCGCUCAACAGGGAGAGCACGGCCAGCUUGCCGUCAUGGGCGAGAGUUCCGAGUCUAAGCCGAAAAGAGCAAACUCGAUGGAGUUUAAGGCCACGCCAGCAAAGGAGCCUCCGCUGAAGAGCGGUCGGAAAGAUGAACAGGCGAAGGCCUCGACGACACCAUCCAGGGAGUUAUCGAAAAGCGGCAAGCGUGCCCGCCCGCAGCCUAUGGAGGUGGAUGACGCAACGCCGGCCGGUCCCAGCGCCCCUAAGGUCGACACCGCGAUCAAGCCUGUAUCUAAAACGCCGACGACUGCGAAAGCCCAGCCACCAAAUCUCCUCCUCCCCUCUUUCACCGGCACUUACAAGCUCAAGGAAAACCCGUCCAUUCUUAAGCAGAUCGCCCAGUUCUUGCUUAGGACCCAGCAGCCGCCGGCGAAACACGUGUACCUGACGAAAGAUCUCCCCAAGGUCAAGAAGGCCAUCGCCAUUGGCGUCCACGGGCUCUUCCCCGCGAACUACCUACGUCCCAUGAUCGGUCAACCGACCGGCACGUCCAUCAAAUUCGCCAACCACUGCGCCGAAGCCAUCCGAAGGUGGGCCGACAGCCACGGCUGUGAGGAUUGCGAGAUCGAAAAGGUCGCCCUGGAAGGCGAAGGCAAGAUCGGCGAGCGCGUCGAGAACCUCUGGAAGCUCUUGCUGAACUGGAUCGACCUCAUCCGCAAUGCGGACCUGAUUAUCAUUGCGUGUCACUCGCAAGGCGUGCCCGUCAGCAUUAUGCUGCUCGCCAAGCUCAUUGAGCUGGGCGUCGUGACAUCGGCGAGGGUGGGUGUGUGCGCUAUGGCCGGCGUCUCGCUCGGCCCUUUCCCGGACUACCGGUCGAGCAUGGGCAUGCUCAUGGGGUCGGCUGCCGAGCUGUGGGCGUUUGCGGAUCCUCAGAGCGAGGUGUCCCAGCGACUCGAAGCGUCCAUGAAGGUGGUUCUGAGCCACGGGGCACGCAUCACUUUCAUUGGCAGCAUCGACGACCAGCUUGUACCAUUAGAGUCUGCCAUCUACGCACCUGCGCACCACCCUUACAUCUUCCGCGCCGUCUUCAUCGACGGCCGGAUACACGCGCCUGAUUUCAUCGCACACCUGGUCGGCUUCGCGCUCAAGCUCCGCAAUCUUGGCGUCUCCGAUCACGGCCUGAUCCGCGAGCUCUCCACCCCACUCGCCGGCAGCCUGUAUUCGGGCGAGGGUCACUCGCGCCUCUACGACGAGCCGCAGGUCUACGACCUGGCCGUGGCGCACCCGCUCGAGACGACCGACGUCGGGGGCCCGGGCGCCGGCACCGCGGCGGUACCGCCCUGCGAGAUCCGUCACCGGAAUCUCACGGGCAGCGGUGCCGGCAGCGGUGGCAACGGCCUCUCGAACCCGAACCCGUACCACCUCCCCUGGAUCAUGCGCGGCCUGCUGGAGGAGGACUUCGUCAAGACGGAGCUGUCGGCCGAGACGGCGGAGCUGGUGCGCCAAUUUGACGACUGGAAGCCGGUCACCAAGGCGCUGAAGGACGUCAAGUACCGGCUGGAGGCGGUGCGGUCCAAGCUGCGUACGUGAGCAAAUAAACGGAGCAAGCAACCUGGAAGGAAGCGAGCGGGCAUGGUUUUCGGCGUACUGGUGGGAAGGACAUGGAGCAAGCCGGAUGGGAUGGGAUUGUGGUUUCAAUGACCUAUAGGAGGGUUGGGUUCUGUUUUUCUUUGGGUGGCGCAGCGGAUAACGGGCUUGCGUUUGGGGAAAUGGAUAUCUCGCCUAGAGGAGAUAUCUAUCUGGAGCAGAGGACCUGGAACAUACAUCAUACCUUGAUUCGACGCUUGACGUGAUUAGCCUCACCUAGACAUACACUACCGGUAAAUAGAAGUAUCU